UUUUAGUUUGGUCUGGCGGAUCCAAUGUGUUCACUUCCGGGUAGCAGCAAUUCAGAUGGAACACAAGGCAGCAUUCACAAAUGGUAUUUCACAAAAGAAGAGGCCGCCAAUACUGCGAGCAUUCGCGAACAUGGCUUCACUCCUGAAAAGGAGUUGACGUAUCGACAGCAAGCUACUCGCUUCAUUCAAAUAAUGGUUGAUCAGCUCAACCACAAUGUCCGCGAUCAACGGGGAAAGAUUUCCCAGUUAUGUAUGUGUGCUGCCAUAAUGCACAUGCAUAGGUUCUUCUGCUUUCAUUCCUUCAAAUUCUUCGAUUAUAGGGAUGUCGCUGCAGCUUGCUUAUUCCUGGCUGGAAAAAGUGAGGAAUGUCCAAGGAAACUGGAGCUCAUCGUCCGCGUUUGGUGGGCAAAGAAGUUCGAGCGGCAUCCAAAUAUACCAUCGCAUAAUCAUUACAUCGAAGCGGCACAACUGAUUGUCCAGUUGGAGAACGUCAUCCUCCAAACCAUCGCCUUUGAUCUCAAGGUCGAAAUGCCACACCCAUUCGUUUUGGCGGCGAUGCACGAGAUUGCCCAUAACAACAAGAAGCUUACCGAAUGUGCGUACUUCUUUGCCACUGAUGUAUUGUGCGUGACAAACUGGGCAAUUCGAUACAAUGCGAGUGCGAUAGCAUGUGUUUGUGUACACCUCGUGUGCGUAUACGCUGGAUACGAGAUUCCUGCACCUGCUCCUGGGGAAAAAGCAUGGUACGAGAAACUCGAUCCGCACAUGACGCAGGAGCUUCUAAAUGAGAUGUCUCAAGAGUUUGCCAGCAUAUACAAGUCAUGUAGGGAAUGGUUGGCACUUACACGAUUUGUAGCAAAGGGAAUAGUGAAGCCGUCAACGCCGAGUCCGAAUCCUGCAAGGAGUCCUGCUGAAGAAAAGGAAAUUCUUCCCCCGCCUCCUCCACCUCCAACUUUCCAUAAAAAAGUGGAUCUUUCAGAGUACAAGGAGCGAACGAAAUCCAUGGGGCCUAGCAGUGAGCGAGCUUCUGCGGAACGUUCUGCACCACGACGAAGUUUUAUACCUGAUACUUCGCAAGCUCGUCCAGACUUAUCAAUGCCAAACCUUGCAUUGCCUGGUCAAGAGCCGAUUGCCCCAUCGCCUUUGGCUACUCAGCCACAUGAAAAUGGUCACAAAUCACGGGAUGAACACAGCCGUCGUGAGGAAGAGAGGAGAAGAGAGAAGGAGCGACGUCGGAGGGAAGAACGCGAAAGGCAUGGCCAUGUUGAGCGGCCAGAAGAGAGAGAAAGACGGAAACGGGAACAUGAGCGGAUGUCCGGUGGUGCUCCUCACCCACCAGUUGAGAAGAGACCAAGACAUGAAAUGCCACCGUCAUCAGCACCGUCUUCUAUGGGCUCUACGAAUGUUGGAAAUGGAUCGAAACCGCCUAGACCAAUGACUCAAGUACAACCAUCUGUGCACCACUCUUCAUCACAUCCUCAUGGUUUGAAUAGUGCAAAUGGUUCACAUUCCAGAAGAGAAAACGAUGUUUUGAAGAAUUCGGCGCAGUAUGUUCGUGCAAUGGAACCUCCAAGGGCACUGUCACCACCGCCGUUGCCGCCAUCUGUGUUACCGCCUCCCCCUCCACCACCUGCUGCAAUUUCCGAACUGGAGGAAGGUGAGGUGGAAUGAUCUCAGUCAGCAGUUAUCAUUCUGACCAGCAGAUGAACUAUAUCUGCGGGCUAAAACCCAUCUGUUUGUAUGUACAGUUAGAGUCGAAGAGCGUGAUAUUAGUAGCUUAGUGAGAAGUGGUUGGUUAAAUAAUUUAUUGUCGUUUUCGUAUACUUCACGGGUACUGCAUUGCUUAGGUAGUCUUGUCAUCGUACUCGACCCUUUAAAGGUUUGUUGUUACAUGAAUAUGAUGCUAUGUAGUUCGGGUCUAUAUUCGUUCUUUUGUUCAAUUGGAUUGUUCCUUUGUCGUCCCUAUACGCGUAUUUUCUCUAUUGCUCUUUUUUUGUUCAUUG